UCUGACUGUAUUGUGUAUUGUGUCCUUCAGGGUGUAUCAUAUCCAGCCUGCCACGGGAUCUGGGCCAAGUGGGCGCCUCCUCUUGAGAGAAGUCGAUUAGCAACAACAGCCUUCUGUGGAUCCUAUGCAGGGGCGGUGGUGGCAAUGCCUUUAGCCGGGAUACUGGUUCAAUACACCGGGUGGUCUUCAGUAUUCUAUGUCUAUGGCUGUUUUGGGAUAUUCUGGUAUUUGUUCUGGGUUCUGGUGUCGUAUGAGAGUCCUGCAGCCCAUCCCACCAUCACAACAGAGGAGAGGAAAUACAUUGAAGAUGCAAUCGGAGAGUCUGGAUCAUUCCUUAAUCCUCUGCAUAAAUUUAAAACCCCAUGGAAAGCCUUCUUCACCUCCAUGCCAGUCUACGCUAUUAUUGUGGCCAACUUCUGCAGGAGCUGGACCUUCUACCUGCUACUCAUCAGCCAGCCCGCCUACUUUGAGGAAGUCUUUGGCUUUGAGAUCAGCAAGGUGGGCAUGGUGUCAGCUUUGCCCCAUCUGGUGAUGACAAUCAUCGUGCCUAUUGGAGGCCAGUUGGCGGACUACCUGAGAACCCACAACCUGAUGACCACCACCAACGUCAGGAAGCUCAUGAACUGUGGAGGUUUUGGGAUGGAGGCCACCCUCCUGCUGGUUGUGGGAUUUUCUCACACAAAAGCUGUUGCCAUUUCGUUCUUGGUCCUCGCUGUGGGUUUCAGUGGAUUUGCUAUCUCAGGGUUUAAUGUCAAUCACUUGGACAUCGCCCCUCGAUACGCCAGCAUACUGAUGGGCAUCUCAAACGGGGUGGGCACAUUAUCUGGCAUGGUGUGUCCUCUCAUUGUGGGAGCCAUGACUAAACACAAGACACGUGACGAGUGGAAGUAUGUCUUCCUUAUAGCUUCUGUCGUACAUUAUGGAGGAGUGAUUUUCUAUGGACUCUUUGCAUCAGGGGAGAAGCAGCCAUGGGCAGACAUAGAAGACACCAGUGAGGAAAAGUGUGGUAUUAUUGAUGAGGACGAACUGGCCAAUGAAACAGAGGAUCUCUACCGGGGAGGCGGGCAGUACGGGGCCAUGAGCCAACCAGUCGCUGGUUCCAAUGGAGGAGGAGGAGGAGGAGGAGGAGGAGGAGGAGCCGGAGGAGGAGCCGGAGGAGGAGCCGGAGCCGGGUCGGGAUGGGUGUCGGACUGGGAUAAGUCUGAGGAGUAUGUGCAGAAGCCUGGAUAGAACUCUUACAUGUAUGGUGGAGAAGAGGAGAGGGAGCUGACAUAGAAGAUCCACACGAUACACGUUUAAAAAGAAAAGAGGAAGAUUGUUUUUUGGAAAGGGAUUGUCAGAGAGUCACUGCUAUACUGAAUGGACCUGCUGUGUGCUUUUGUUAAAUAUUUACAACUGCACAUAUCAAAAGUAUGCAUUUGAUUUAUUCCAUUGUGUGUGUGUGUGUGUGUGUGUGUGUGUGUGUGUGUGUGUGUGUGUGUGUGUGUGUGUGUGUGUGUGUGUGUGUGUGUGUGUGUGUGUGUGUGUGUGUAGAUGCAUGCAGGUGUUAGAGGGGUUAAUGUACGCAAACACAUUCAGUAUUCAUUAGUGAAAACUGGACUCAUAUAUCCCAGACUUCCUUUCUGUUCCUGAGCUCAUUGUGAUUGGUCAGGAGCUCUGUUUCCAGAACAUCACUGACGAGAUUCAGUGUGUGUGUUAGUGUGUGUGGCUUGGUUUUCAAACCACUGGCAUUGUAGUGUAUUUAAAUGUGUAUGUCACACAGUUACCUUUUUUCGCUGGGAAAGCACCUUAGUUUUUCAACUGUUGAGCUAACAACAUUGUCCGACGUACUGAAUACAACAUUAGAUGUCACUCCAGUACAAUACUCACACUUUUCAGAAGUCUCUAUAACUCCCAAGGCUCUCAGCCUUAAUAGACAACAUACUGAGCAUAUGAUUAAAAAAAAUCAAUCCACAAACUAAAAGCUAAUGUGUUUUCUAAGAGUGAGGCCCCUUGUGGACAAUCUUGUCCAGAUGCUGGUGAUGCAUUAUGAUAUUAUGUUCCAUAGCAUGCAUUAUUUAAGUGCAUGCAUGUGGUGAAUACUUUCAAACUAUUCAAUCAAAGAGGAAAAGGGUGCUUAGGUUUUGUAUCAGUCUGUGUUUGUUUGUGUAAAGCUGUAAAGCUUCUGUUACAACAGCCUUUCCUUUAUGCGUGUGUGCAUUUGAAUGUGCAAAGGUGUGUGUUUGAGCUUGCAUGUAGCAUAUAGCUGAAUCUCACCUGGGUCUGACCCAUCUAGGUCACGGCCAGCCAGGCUUAUGGGUCACAACACAUCAGUAAUCAUCUGACAUUAGUGACUUUCCGUUUUGGUGUGUGUGCGCUCCCAUUAGAGAGGUGGCCCAGAAUGACAAGUAGAGUGUGAUAGUUGCCUAACUCUUACACUGCAUUACCAGCGAGGAACAACAUGUAUUAUUACCUGGCAUCACAGCAUGUGCUGCCUCUGUUUCUGCCUUUUUCUGCGUCUCUGUGGCUGCCUCUCCCCCCUGUAUUUAACACUUUGUCUGCUCCUCUCAGUCAGUGUUUCCACUUCUUUAAUUCCUACAUUUGAGCCAUGUUUGAUUUGGUGGGUCAGAGCUUUUUAAAUUGUCAAUGUGUCUGUGUUUGUGUAUGUGUGUGUUAUUGUGUUGGAUGCAGGUGCUGAAACAUUGUGCGGUGAGCAUGUUUUAAUGAGCAUAGAAGUGCAUUGCCCCGCCAUCCCUCUUUUCCUUUUACACACACACAAUAGCACUCACACAUACAACCAUACAUACACACAGAUUGCUAUUUUCAAUGUGUGCCGAGAGAGUGGUCGCACACAAUUUAAUAUUAACAUGGCUCUAGGUAUGGAGCCUCAUGGAAACAGAUUAGGAAGUAUUAAGUUAUCAGAGGAUGUGUUGAGGUUUGCUAUCACACCCAUCCAUAAAAGCAGCACCUUCUCCAUCUUGACGUACUGACUGCUGGGUAAUGGAGUGAAGUAUUUAUUUUUGAGAGGACGCUUACAUGCUCAGGAGAAUAAAUGUGGCACUGUACCAGCUGCACAGCACAACAAACAUUAAAGUACAUGUGAAUGCACAUACACAAAUACACACACACUCAUGCAAGAAAAAUGCUGCCCUCUGCGUGCUCACAGUGUUUUAUUUUAAUUUGAAAAGUAAAAUUGCAGACAGCUCUUUUAAAUCAAGAACCGUAUUCAUAAUUUAUGGAGUUUGCUGUUUCAGCUCUAUUUUGUCUAAAAACGUUUGAAUGUUGUAAAGAAUUCAAAUAAGGGUUUAAUGGUCAAAUAAGUUGGUACGUCAAUAAAUAAAAAAUGGUGUUUUGAGUGAAAUGUCUAAAAAGACAUGAAUGGCUAUUCCUGUGAAGAACUUCAUUUUUAAGUGUUGUAUUGGUGUUUUUAAUCAAGUUUGUCUUUGGCUGUUCCAAUGGUGUCAUCCUCCUUGAUGAAAUGUGUGGUAGGAGUCAGUGUUGAAAAUAAAAAAAGGAAUUGAUCAUGUUUAAACAUGCCAACAUGUGGAGAAUAUUCUAUGUAUAAAGAUGUAUAUGUCAGAUUACCUUGUGUAUAAUUAAAUGUAAGCAAUUUAUUCACUACUUCAGCACAGUCAUGUCAUCAGGAAUAUCAGCAUGAUGACGCAUUAAAUUAGUGUUUUAUACAUCAUGA